CAGACGGCGGCCCUGCAUGCGGCCCCAACCUCGCUCGUUUCUACACUUCACACACGAUCCUGCUUUUCACACGCCCACCAACGAUCGCGCGCCCACCAUGGCAGCGCCCAACCGCAGCUUUGCGCAGCGCAUGAGCUCGCUCACCUCCAACAGCACCAGAAUGGAGUCAUGGGAUGACGGCGACUUCGACGAUAGCGACGGCUUCCUGUUCAAAAACUCGACGAUGCAAUCUCUCUCUUCCAGAAUGAGCGUCCGCUCCGAGGCCGAGUCCAACGACGACUGGCAGGUCCUCAUCACGCCCAACGACGAGCCUUCCACGGCCAGAGCCAUCACGAGCGCCGCGAAACGAGCUGGGAUUCCCAUUCCCGCGUCCAUAGCCCCCAACGCCCUCCUGGGCGGCACAAUCAAGCGACUAGGCAAGAAAUCUUCCAGUCGCAAAAUUGAAGCAGAUGACGACUUCGGCAUCGACUUCGAGCUUCCCGGCGACGCGAGUGGUGUACUACAAUUGAAAGCGCCAACCCCACACACUCCGGACUUCGAUGACUGUGGCACGGAAGACUGGGGAGAAGGAAGCCUUGGAAUUCGAUUCGCUGGCACGCGCAAUGCCCGCGGCGGCGCCCGUAGUUCGUCCGCGUCUGCCAUGAGCCCGAGCCUGGGUAGCUGCAUGACCUUUGAGAGCGAAGACGAUGAUCUGAUGGGCCUUGUGCUGCCCAACGAGCCGCUCGAUUUUAAUUCACGCCUCGAGAAGCUCAAGAAGAGCGAGCAGCUACCAACACCAGAUGCCUCUCCCCUCCCGCCGCCGCAUCUACGUGAACUGCCGCCCACUUCUGCACCCAAGUCGUUCCUUAUCGACGAUGGUCCGUUGUCGCCUCCCGCCGCGAUAACACCCCCAUCACCACCUUUCGAGAGCCAGACAACGCCACCAAAGGCAAAGCCUGUAAACGACGAAGAAGACUUCAUGGAUGGUCUUGACUUUGGCGGCGAUGAAAUCUUUGAUAGCCGGAAGCUCACCCUGAACCGGAACGUAGUCGUGAAGAAGCCAGCCUUGAAGCCGACAGCACCUUCUGCUGCUCGCCCUUCCUCAACCAUAACAUUCACCGACAGGCCAACUAUCUCCCGGAUACCAAGGCCACUUCCCCCAAGCCGCACAAGGCUUACUCCCGUGUACGAGACCGGUGCAUCCACCCAGGGCCAGAGCAGGGUAAUGCCAACAACUACUAGUGCGCAACUCCUGCGUGCAAAGCGCUCGGCUCCUGUCCUCCGCAACACCAAUCUGAGCCAACCUUCGCGAAUGCCCUUCCUCCCUGCCGGCAACUCGACCGCUCAAUCGCAUCAUGUCAUGGCGAAGAACUCACAGCCGCAUCUUCGGCGCGACUCCGACCCCCGCCGACCGCAAUCACCCUCCAUGAGGCCUUACUCUCGUCUGUCUGGCGGCCAUCAAAACGAGACGCCCAGCCGCGCAGGGGUGAGACGUGAUCUGGCUCCCUCUGCCCUUGCACGUCACCCACCUCCGAAGAAGCUAACGCAGCCUCAGCGAAAGCGGAAUUUUGGCGACGGACACGAGUUGGACUUGUUCGACGAUUUGCCCACGUCAGCUACAAAAGAGAAACAAUUCGAAAAGGUCCCGCGCAAUGUAGCGAGCAACAAGACGUUGCGUCAGCAGCCCAGCAAUUCGCGCCUGCCCAUGCCGGAUCGAAUGACCACUCCACUGCCUCAAACACCACGAAGUCCACCCAGGAUGGACCACACGCCUCGGUUUGCGCGUGAUACUGCGGCUAGCAGAAACGCGCGUGAGCAGCGGUUGGCAGGUACGAGGUCACGACUAGAUGGCACAAUAGCACCUAGGCCCAUGAGUUGGGCUGCACAGGUCGUCGCUCGUAGUCCUCAUACUAGUCCAACUGCUCACCGAAAGAAACCCACAGGUCAAAAGCCACAGUUGAUUAGGCAAAUGACCCAGCCAUUUACACACAAUGAAAAAGGCAUGGUGUACAACCCAACCCUACAACGUUGGGAAGGAAAUGAAGAAGCUCUGGUCUCCUUCUCUCAUCCAAACACCUCCACCACGACACUCGCGUUGACUACAGCGAGUACCCCGACCUUUGCACCACCAGGCCAUCCGCUCAAUCGUGUACACGACCGCUCGCACUCCAUGUCGCACACAGCAUUAUCAUCAAUUCAUGCUGCACAAAAGAGCUUCUCGUCUCGCGCAGCCAAACUUGCUGCUGCGCCAACGCCAGCGCCAGCGCCAAUUCCUGUACCAUCACCUCCACGACCAGCAUUGAUCUCACAGAUCUCGGUACCGCGCGGCGUUCAAUACGAAGGACGAAUGGUAUUUGAUCCUGUCAAGAUGACUUGGCUAAAAGCGGCCCGUCCGUCGAACGACCCGCGAUCACCAUCAGAGGCGGAUGAGGAAGAAGACCCCUUCGCUGGCCUGGACGACCUGAAGGACAACGAGAGUGUUGUCGGCAACAACGCCACAGGGGGGGCUGGCACACCAAACCCUGACGAGCCAAGCUUUGUCGGCGAAGAGUUUGAUGUCGGCCCCGGCUUCAUUCGCAGACAACGUGAAGAGGAAGCUAUCUGGCGACGACGAGUUGAAGGCUGGGUUGGCGGCAUCCGCGACACCGGCGAGCAGAGGGGCGGCUGGAGAUGGGCGAUUCGCGACUUCGCCGCCAGCGCAUCGGCGGGUGCUUCGGUCUACUAAUGAUUUGUAUAUGCCACGCAUGCUAACGACGAUAUGAUUGCAUCACGCAUGACCGGACUAUGUUCCAAAAAGUAAUGAGGUGUCUGGGGCUGUCUUUAUGAUAUCCCGAGUGUUAUGUUGGGCGUGUUGGAUAGCCGCCUCACUCUUUACGACGCAUUAUGACUUACGACUCUACAUUAAAGAUGGGAGCUCCAUUGCACGGAUACACGAAUUUUAUGACCUUUUCUCAGAUAGUGUUUUAGAUCUAUCUUUAGCAUUGAAUACAGCUACUAAUAUCACUUUAUAUAUACAACGGAUUGUAG